AUAGAAAAACUAGAAGAAAGAAGAGAAAAAAAACUAUUUAAUGAUGAUGUCAUUGGCAGACUUUGUAAUCGUCACAGAGAUGUUGCUAGCGGAUUAAUCGAUGCAUUAAUAAUAAGGAAGGUGAAAUAUCGCUGGCAGCGUAGCAAAAAAAUUGGUGAAGGUAGAUUUGGUAAAGUUUAUACUUGCAUCAGUUUAGACACUGGAGAAAUAAUGGCAAUGAAGGAGAUUCGCUUUCAACGCGGUGACUUGGCUUCCAUUAGAGAAAUAGCUGAUGAAAUCGGCAAUAUCGAAAAUAUUAAUCAUCCUAAUCUCGUAAAAUGUUAUGGGGCUGAAAUUCACAGAGAGCAAUUGUUAAUCUUCAUGGAAUACUGUAACGAAGGUACAAUCAGUGACGCUGCCAAAAAUGGAUUACCUGAAGCAAUGAUUCGUAGAUACACGAAGCAAAUUUUGGUUGCAAUCGAUUUUUUACAUGAAAAUGGUAUUGUACAUCGGGAUAUUAAAGGUAAUAACAUUUUUUUGGCAAGAAAUGGUCUUAUCAAGCUCGGAGAUUUUGGUUGUUCCGUUAAACUGUCUAAAACUACGACUAUGUAUGGUGAAUUUAAUAAUAUGAGAGGAACCACAGCCUUUAUGGCCCCUGAAAUGAUAACUGAAAAUAAACGAAAAGGACAUGGUAGAGCAGUCGAUAUUUGGAGCUUAGGAUGUGUAGUAAUCGAGAUGGUAACUGGCAGACAUCCGUGGUCAGAAUUCGAUGACGAAUUUGCUAUUAUGUUCCAAGUUGGAAGUGGUGCAGCUCCAGUUACACCAGAUUCCAUUAGCGAUGAAGGAAAGGAUUUCCUCAGUCGCUGCUUAGUACACGAUCCACAAGAUAGAUGGACGACUAGCGAAUUACUGAAUCAUCCUUUUGUAAAAGUAAAAGAUUAG